CUAGUAACCGGCCGCCCGGAUUCCCGAAAGCGGCUCUGGGGCCCCGCCCCCGGAGCCCCGGCUGGAGGAAGAACCUGUCUCCCGCGGCGCACAGUGACGAAGCCCAUCCCCGGGUGCGGGAGGCGGGGAGGGGAGGGCAGGCAGAGGAUCUCGCUCGCCCGUGCGGGAUCCGGGACGCGGCGCUGGCGUCCGCUGGCGGCAAAGCUCUCACAUCCUGGAUGCAGACUGUCAGUUUCGGAUUCAAGGACUGUGAUGGCAAAGCUGACCCGGGUUGCCUGUCAACUCAAAGCUAUCUCAGAAUAAAUCCCGCUGCCUGCUGCGGAGCCCCCGCGCACUGCAAACUUAAGUGAGCGAACUGGGUAAUCAGUGUUUGGAUAUGCAGAUCCCUGAUUUAAAAGGCGGGGUGACCCCCAGAAGAACCUCUCCGGCGGGCCGAAGCCGGCAGGUGCAGUGAGGCGUGCGCGCGCGGUGCUGGCGCCCCCGAAGCCGCCUCGCUGCGGGAGAGGAGCCGGGGCGCCCGGCGGGGUCUGGGGCUGCGCACCGGCGGCGGCUCGUCUGCGGCGGCGGCGGCGGCAGAUGAUGGUGGCGGCCGACGCUCUGGGCUGUGCCUGUGAGUCGCCGCAGAAAUCAGCGCCCGGCGCUGCACACUGAGCCCUUGCAGGUCAGCCGCAGCCAGAGCCUUGGCGAAGAGCGACCCGGCUCGCAGGGGCAGCGGGCCCGCGCGCGGGGGGGCCAGGGGGCGAGUGGGGUCGGCUUAUCAUGGCGGAUCGGACAGCUCCCAGCUGCCAGCUCCGGCUGGAGUGGGUGUACGGGUACCGGGGUCACCAGUGCCGCAACAACCUGUACUACACGGCCGGCAAGGAGGUGGUCUACUUUGUGGCUGGGGUCGGGGUGGUUUACAACACCCGCGAGCACAGCCAAAAAUUCUUCUUGGGACACAACGACGACAUUAUCAGCCUUGCCUUACACCCAGACAAAACUCUUGUUGCAACUGGCCAAGUUGGGAAGGAGCCAUAUAUAUGUAUAUGGGAUUCCUAUAAUGUCCAGACUGUGUCUAUUCUUAAAGAUGUCCACACACAUGGAGUUGCCUGCCUGGCCUUUGACUCAGAUGGACAGCGUUUAGCUUCUGUGGGAUUGGAUGCCAAGAACACAGUCUGUGUCUGGGACUGGAGGAAGGGAAAGCUUCUGGCCUCCGCCACUGGCCAUUCUGACCGGAUUUUUGAUAUUUCCUGGGAUCCAUAUCAGCCAAACAGAAUGGUUAGCUGUGGAGUAAAGCAUAUAAAGUUUUGGACACUAUGUGGAAAUGCUCUGACUGCAAAAAGAGGGAUAUUUGGCAAAACAGGGGAUCUUCAGACCAUCCUUUGCCUUGCAUGUGCCAAAGAAGAUAUCACCUACUCUGGUGCUUUAAAUGGUGACAUCUAUGUCUGGAAAGGGCUCACUUUAUUCCGUACCAUUCAAGGAGCACACAGUGCUGGAAUCUUCAGCAUGUACGCUUGUGAAGAAGGCUUUGCCACUGGAGGGCGAGAUGGGUGUAUACGACUAUGGGACACUGAUUUCAAACCAAUAACCAAAAUUGAUCUCAGGGAGACAGAGCAAGGAUACAAAGGCCUCUCCAUCCGGAGUGUGUGCUGGAAAGCAGACCGCCUGCUAGCAGGGACCCAGGACAGCGAGAUAUUUGAAGUGAUCGUGCGAGAGCGGGACAAGCCCAUGUUGAUCCUGCAGGGCCACUGCGAGGGGGAGCUCUGGGCUCUGGCCCUGCACCCCAAGAAGCCGCUGGCUGUGACAGGCAGCGACGACCGCUCAGUCAGGCUGUGGAGCCUGGCUGACCACGCCUUGAUCGCCCGCUGUAACAUGGAGGAAGCAGUUCGCAGUGUCGCUUUUAGCCCGGAUGGAUCUCAGCUGGCCCUGGGCAUGAAGGACGGCUCUUUCAUUGUUCUCCGUGUCAGAGAUAUGACCGAAGUGGUUCACAUCAAAGAUCGAAAAGAAGUCAUUCAUGAAAUGAAAUUUUCUCCAGAUGGUUCUUACCUUGCAGUGGGAUCCAACGAUGGCCUAGUAGAUGUCUAUGCUGUUGCCCAGCGGUAUAAGAAAAUUGGAGAGUGUAACAAGUCCCUUAGUUUUAUUACGCACAUUGACUGGUCCUUGGAUAGUAAAUACUUGCAAACUAAUGAUGGUGUGGGAGAACGACUGUUCUACAAAAUGCCAUCGGGGAAGCCUUUAACAAGUAAAGAAGAAAUCAAAGGGAUUCUCUGGGCCUCCUGGACCUGUGUGAAAGGCCCUGAAGUGACUGGAAUUUGGCCCAAAUACACUGAGGUUACUGAUGUCAACUCAGUGGAUGCAAAUUACAACAGCUCAGUGCUGGCGACUGGAGAUGAUUUUGGACUGGUUAAAUUGUUUAAAUUUCCUUGUCUCAAGAAAGGAGCCAAAUUUAGAAAGUAUGUGGGUCAUUCUGCACAUGUCACAAACGUCCGCUGGUCCCACGACUUUCAAUGGGUUUUAAGCACAGGAGGGGCUGACCAUUCGGUUUUUCAGUGGAGGUUUAUUCCAGAAGGGGUCAGCAAUGGCAUGCUGGAAACUGCACCACAGGAAGGUGGCACUGAUUCCUGCAGUGAAGAAUCUGAUUCAGAGUUAUCUGAUGUGCCCGAAUUGGACUCUGAUAUUGAGCAAGAAACUCAAAUCAAUUAUGAUCGCCAGGUUUACAAAGAAGAUCUACCUCAGCUAAAGCAACAAAGUAAAGAGAAAAACCACUCAGUGCCCUUCCUCAAACGAGAAAAGGCUCCCGAGGACAGCUUAAAACUGCAGUUUGUACACGGUUACAGAGGCUACGACUGUAGAAACAAUCUGUUCUACACACAAACUGGAGAAGUGGUCUACCACGUCGCUGCAGUUGCCGUUGUGUACAACCGGCAGCAGCACUCCCAGAGGCUGUACCUGGGACAUGACGACGACAUCCUCAGCCUGACCAUCCAUCCAGUGAAGGACUACGUGGCCACUGGGCAGGUUGGAAGAGAUGCUGCUGUUCAUGUGUGGGACACACAAACUCUGAAGUGUUUAUCACUGUUGAAGGGACAGCAUCAGAGAGGGGUAUGUGCCCUCGAUUUUUCAGCCGAUGGAAAAUGUCUGGUGUCGGUUGGUUUAGACGAUUUUCACAGUGUUGUAUUUUGGGACUGGAAAAAGGGAGAAAAGAUAGCCACAACAAGAGGACAUAAAGAUAAGAUAUUUGUGGUAAAGUGUAAUCCACACCAUGUUGACAGACUGGUCACAGUUGGGAUAAAGCACAUCAAAUUCUGGCAACAAGCAGGUGGAGGCUUCAUCUCUAAAAGAGGAACUUUUGGAAGUGUUGGAAAAUUGGAAACAAUGAUGUGUGUUUCUUAUGGGCGAAUGGAAGAUCUGGUGUUCUCGGGAGCUGCUACUGGAGACAUUUUUAUUUGGAAAGACAUUCUGCUACUAAAGACAGUGAAAGCUCACGAUGGUCCUGUGUUUGCUAUGUAUGCAUUGGAUAAGGGCUUUGUAACAGGUGGAAAGGACGGAAUCGUGGAGCUCUGGGAUGACAUGUUUGAAAGAUGCUUGAAGACUUAUGCCAUUAAAAGAGCAGCAUUGUCAACUAGCUCAAAAGGUUUGCUUUUGGAAGAUAACCCUUCAAUUCGUGCCAUCACUUUGGGACAUGGACAUAUCCUGGUGGGAACCAAAAAUGGAGAGAUUCUGGAAAUUGAUAAGAGCGGCCCAAUGACACUGCUUAUUCAGGGGCACAUGGAAGGGGAGGUGUGGGGUCUGGCGGCUCACCCUCUCCUGCCCAUCUGUGCAACAGUAAGCGAUGAUAAAACACUUCGGAUCUGGGAAUUAUCUGCCCAGCACCGUAUGCUGGCAGUACGGAAACUCAAAAAAGGUGGAAGAUGUUGUGCCUUCUCCCCGGACGGGAAAGCCUUGGCAGUUGGCCUGAAUGAUGGCAGUUUCCUGGUUGUAAAUGCUGACACUGUCGAAGACAUGGUCUCCUUCCAUCACAGGAAAGAAAUGAUCUCUGACAUUAAAUUUUCAAAAGAUACGGGGAAAUACCUUGCCGUGGCAUCCCACGAUAACUUUGUGGAUAUUUACAACGUCCUUACAAGCAAACGGGUUGGCAUCUGCAAAGGUGCUUCUAGUUACAUAACACAUAUUGACUGGGACUCUAGAGGAAAAUUAUUGCAAGUUAAUUCAGGUGCCAAAGAACAACUUUUUUUUGAAGCUCCACGAGGCAAGCGUCAUGUAAUAAGACUAUCAGAGAUUGAGAAGAUUGAAUGGGACACAUGGACCUGUGUCCUGGGGCCCACCUGUGAGGGGAUCUGGCCUGCACACAGUGAUGUGACCGACGUAAAUGCCACCAGCCUCACCAGAGACUGUUCCCUCUUAGCCACCGGAGAUGAUUUUGGUUUUGUGAAGCUUUUUUCAUAUCCUGUGAAGGGACAGCAUGCACGGUUCAAGAAGUAUGUGGGGCAUAGCGCACAUGUCACCAAUGUGAGGUGGCUGCACAACGACUCCGUGCUGCUCACGGUGGGCGGCGCGGACACAGCCUUGAUGAUCUGGACCAGGGAGUUUGUGGGGACCCAGGAGAGCAAGCUGGUGGACAGUGAGGAGUCGGACACCGAUGUGGAGGAGGACGGAGGCUAUGACAGCGAUGUUGCUAGAGAAAAGGCCAUAGACUACACCACCAAGAUCUACGCGGUGAGCAUCAGGGAAAUGGAAGGCACCAAGCCACACCAGCAGCUGAAGGAAGUCUCGGUGGAAGAAAGGCCACCUGUUAGCAGAGCAGCUCCCCAGCCUGAGAAACUCCAGAAGAACAAUAUCACCAAGAAAAAGAAGCUGGUUGAGGAGCUGGCUCUUGACCACGUGUUUGGCUACAGAGGGUUCGACUGCCGCAAUAACCUGCACUACCUUAACGACGGGGCGGACAUCAUCUUCCACACGGCUGCGGCUGGCGUCGUUCAGAACCUUUCCACAGGGAGCCAGAGCUUCUACCUGGAGCAUACAGAUGACAUCCUGUGCCUCACGGUGAACCAGCACCCCAAGUACAGAAAUGUGGUGGCCACCAGCCAGAUAGGAACAACGCCCUCCAUUCACAUAUGGGACGCCAUGACCAGACACACCAUAUCCAUGCUGCGCUGCUUCCACUCCAAGGGCGUGAACUACAUCAACUUCAGCGCGACCGGAAAGCUGCUGGUAUCUGUGGGGGUGGACCCUGAGCACACCAUCACUGUCUGGCGAUGGCAGGAAGGUACCAAGGUUGCCAGCCGAGGGGGCCACCUGGAGCGCAUAUUUGUGGUGGAGUUUCGUCCCGACUCAGACACACAGUUCGUAUCUGUCGGAGUCAAACAUAUGAAGUUCUGGACCCUGGCAGGCAGCGCCUUGCUUUACAAGAAAGGGGUCAUCGGGUCCCUGGGGGCUGCCAAGAUGCAGACGAUGCUCUCCGUGGCCUUUGGUGCUAACAACCUCACUUUCACGGGUGCCAUCAACGGAGACGUCUAUGUCUGGAGGGACCACUUCCUCAUCCGGCUGGUGGCCAAGGCUCACACGGGCCCUGUGUUCACAAUGUACACCACCCUUCGGGAUGGACUCAUAGUGACCGGCGGAAAAGAGCGGCCGACCAAAGAAGGAGGUGCUGUAAAACUGUGGGACCAGGAGAUGAAGCGCUGCCGGGCCUUCCAGCUGGAGACGGGACAGCUGGUGGAGUGUGUUCGCUCCGUGUGCCGUGGCAAGGGGAAAAUAUUAGUGGGAACCAAAGAUGGAGAAAUAAUUGAAGUUGGUGAAAAAAAUGCUGCUUCCAACAUCCUAAUUGAUGGACACAUGGAAGGGGAGAUCUGGGGCCUGGCCACACACCCCUCUAAGGACAUCUUCAUCUCUGCCAGCAACGACGGCACAGCCCGGAUCUGGGACCUGGCCGAUAAGAAGCUGCUGAACAAGGUGAGCCUGGGCCAUCCAGCCAGGUGUGCAGCCUACAGCCCUGACGGGGAGAUGGUGGCUAUUGGUAUGAAGAAUGGAGAGUUUGUCAUCUUGUUGGUGAACAGCCUGAAAGUUUGGGGGAAAAAGCGAGACCGGAAAUCUGCUAUCCAAGAUAUCAGAAUCAGCCCAGACAACCGAUUCUUAGCCGUUGGUUCUUCUGAACACACAGUUGACUUCUAUGACCUUACCCAGGGCACAAAUCUGAACCGCAUUGGCUACUGCAAAGAUAUCCCAAGCUUUGUGAUUCAGAUGGAUUUUUCUGCGGAUAGCAAAUACAUUCAGGUGUCCACUGGAGCCUAUAAGCGCCAGGUGCAUGAGGUGCCCCUGGGAAAGCAGGUAACAGAAGCCAUGGUCAUUGAGAGGAUCACCUGGGCCUCCUGGACAAGUGUUCUGGGAGAUGAAGUCAUUGGAAUCUGGCCACGUAAUGCAGACAAGGCUGAUGUCAACUGCGCAUGUGUGACCCAUGCUGGCCUAAACAUCGUUACAGGAGAUGAUUUUGGACUUGUGAAGCUGUUUGAUUUCCCAUGCACAGAAAAAUUCGCCAAACAUAAGCGGUACUUUGGUCACUCGGCUCAUGUGACGAACAUCCGUUUCUCUUAUGACGACAAGUAUGUGGUCAGCACUGGAGGUGACGACUGCAGGUAUGGAUGCAUGUGACCAGGUCAUUGUAACUCACUCCGUUUCUCCACACUUGAACACCUUCACUACAGCAGACGUGCAGGUUUCUGAUUAGCCCCCCAAAACUCUUGAGAAGAUAAGAAGUACAUUCAUUUGGAUAUUUUCAGUGGGAAAGGAAUCUAAUCUGUAGAGGAUUUCAGUCCACUUCUCACCCUAAAGUACUAUGUGGGAAAUGACUCCAUGGCCUGCCUGGGAGCACCCACCUCCAGUUUCCCCUGCCAGCCACUUCUGGCACUUAGAACCCUUGAGAUAGCACUGACAGCAGCUCCCUGUGGAAUGUAAACGCCCAUUCAAAGCAGCACCAAACUGAAACAAGCUAGGAUUAAGACAUAAAUAAAUCGGUGGCCCUAGUGCAGUAGAUAUAAGGUGAUUUCUGUUUACUAUAAAAGGCUCAGAAGUAACCUUAAAAAUGCAGGGCUCAUAGGUUUUAGUAGCCAUGGGGGCAUGCUGUGUUGCCUGGCUCUGUGCUAAACACUUGAAAGGGCUCUCGCACUCAAGUGGAGCUGAGAAAACCUUUUCAAAAGUAACACGAAAGAUAGUAUGAUGUCAAUUUGCCAAAUGUCCUCACCGACCACAGUCAGCAGAGACACUCAAGCUGCUGAAAGAGGCAAACCAAACCCAACAACAAAAUCAAUAAGCCUUUUAAAAAGAGGCUUUAAAUUGGUGGCCAGGAUCUCUGGUUGACCUUUUGGAACUGAUGUUCAGUACAUCGCCUGAGCCUGACUCAAACACUUGGCAAGAUUAUUUUUUGCCACUUAAAUCAAAGUAUGAAGUCCAGCCAUGCAAAAAUGACCAUUUGGUCUGUUUUUUCAGUGUAUUUGUGUGGCGAUGUCUAUAAAUGCCAGAAACCUCUUACAUGAUUGCUACUGCUGCUACCAGCCAGCAACUGCGGAGGCAGCGCCGAGGCGCCUCCUCACCACUAGCUGCUGAGACGCGCCUGCCUGCCGCGGGGACACACAGGCUAGUGAAGUUGUAUCACUGCUCCCGUGACCUGGACUUUCCAAACUGUGACGGCAAGGAGGGACAAGUUCUACAAUGUUAAGACUGCUUGCUUCUGUUCCUGAGACUCAAAACUACACAAACUAUAGACAAAUCCUAUCUGAUGUAGCCCACUGACAAAAUUUAAAGCCUCAGUUACCCUAUAUGUAGCUUUUAAUUUGCAUCAAAACUUUUACAAAAGAUGUUUUGCUAUUAUGUUUCUAUAUACUUCAAGAAUGUUCAUUUUUACAAAUCAGUUGAACCAAACUAGAAAUGUCCAUAGCCUCUGUUCAUUUAGCUUUCAAAACCAAAUGAGCCAUGUAUAAAGAAGUUGAGAAACUUAAUUUUUUAGUAUUUCAUUUGCAGAGUUUUAUAUCCAUUAAGUGCCUUUGAAAGUUUCCAGUUGUGUGGGCUGCUGUCUCACCUCCCACAAUUGUCUCCUUUCUACAUAUGGUGCUACAACUUCAAAACCGAGGAGGCUACAGGACCCUUAGCAGAUACGGUCUGUUACCCAUGUCCUGUAUUUACGUGAAGGUUUCCUUAAUGAAAGACAUCAUUACGUGCUUGGGAAACAGUAGUUAAGGAAGGUGAGCAGCAAAGGAACUUAAGUUCAGGAGGGGGUAGAAUGGGUUUUCAUUAUGUUUAGUGCCAAAUCUGCAAAAUCCAAAUUAGAAUUCAAAUUGAACAAACCUCUACUAUAAAAUGGAAGGUGAAAAAAUAAAAAGUUCAAGUAACCAUGUAGGUCUAGAAGGAUGGGCUGAUUUUUGUUAAAUCUUAACAUGGUAAUGUUAAGAGGUGACCUGAGGCUGCACUGUGGCUGACCACCUCCCCAGAGUGGUUGAAGGACUCUACUGAUUUGCUUCAGGUGAACUACGUAGGUCAAGUCUGGAUUAAAAAACAAAAAAGCUCAGCAGUACACAUUCCAAGCCCAAGAUAAUUUUAAUAAGUUAGAAUUGUAAAACAAAGCAAAUUAGCUUAGAGUUCCUCAGAGUAGGUUGUAGGGCAGAUGUGACUUGGACAAUAUUUACCAGAAGCCAUCCCUUAAUCCCCUCAGUCACACCAUACAUGUUAUCUAACCACUGACUAUAGGACAGGCCAACAGCGCUCACUAAAAGGCAGGCUGGUGAGGGACAGGUGACUGAGCACAGACACCAUCCUUCCGGCCAGUGAACUACAAUUCUAGAUCUUGGGUUACAGGCUAUUUGCAUUUGUCAGUUUAGAGAAAAGGUUAAGAUGAAGCAUUUUCAAUUAAAGAAUAGAUUAAUAUUUACCACAGAAGUGCUUCAGCAUUCUAAAUGGAUUAGAUCACUCAUUAAGCUAUUUUUAUAUGCCAAUUUAUUAAUGCCUUACAUUAAUCAACUAAUAGGUUGUUCAGGCCACGGUAGAGUCCCCAUGAAGUCCUAAUUCUGUUUUCUGUAACCAUGUAACUGGUGACACUGAGUGAUAACUAUGUCUGCCUGUAUUGUAUUACUGAUCUUUCACACUGAUCGGAUCUUGCAUUGAAAUACCCAUGUGGAAGAACCAUGGACUGAUCACUGAUGAUACGUACAAGUAUAUUUAAAGAGCAAUAGUGUCUGUGUGUCACAAAAACUUCUUAAACCUUAUUUGUAAACAUUUAUACGGUAUGAUUUUAUGUCUGUUCACAGAUCUUGCACUAUCUUCUGUAUGUUAACGAAUUGGUGCAUGAAUUUAUUUUCAGUUAUCAAAGUAUAAAAAAUAUAUAAUUUAAAAACAUCUUAUUAUGUGUCAAAUAAAUUUGAUUAUGUAAAAUGUUCACUGACUUCUGUUUUCAAAGGAAACAUAGCUGCACCAUGAACCAAAAACUCUUUGCUAUUGCAGUUUCAUGAAAUCAAAAUACUGAACACAUUUUAAGUCUAUAAGCUUUAUUGAUACUUCGCUUUUACAGUUCACAAUGCAUUCCACAGAUUUAGUUCAGUACAGCUUAAACCACAAUGGUAUAAAUCUUCAUUUUAUAAUUUCUUGCAUAACAAUGUUUGCUAUUUGCAAACGUUUUUGGAAGCAUGAGAUUCAGUCCAUAGAUUCAGGGUCUAUGACAAAAUUAACUACAGUAAGUCUGUGCAAUGAAGUUUUAUGUUGCAGUUCUAAGUGUGUGGCAUUUCAUGUUGAAAACAGAUGGUAGUGCUCCUAGAAAUAUAUUUUCUUCUUCUAGCUUAUGUGCUUUGGAACUACACACAUGUAACCAAUGACUUUCUGAAAUAUCAAGCACUGUGGGGCGGCUGGAAGGUAAAGGUCUAAGCUUCGUGAAACACUAUAUAUAGAUAUAUAUAUAAUCUAUUUACUUAUAUUGGCAAUUAAUAUAACAGUAAAAUCACAAUACACCUAGAACAUACCAGAAAGGCAAGCUUCUUCAUUCCUGCUUCAGUGGUAUGACCUUGUCUAAACAUUUCAUUUCAGAAUAUCUGCAUCCAUCUACACAGACCAUACAUAGCGCACAAACUGUGAAAAGGGUUUUUUUUUUCAGCUCCACUGUCUCUGCAACUUCCCAAAACACAGCAAGACUACCUGCAACAAAGUGUAAUAUACAACCUUCUCAGAUCUUUUUUUAUUUGCCAGUGCCUCAUAAAGGAAAAACAAAUAUGAUUACGGUUUAAAUCCAUACAUAGCAGCUUACAAUACUUAAGAUACUGAACACAUGGCAGUCAAGACAGGUAAUUUCUCCACAAACAGUGCAUUGCU